AUGAAUCAGACAAACAUUGUUGAAGAAUCAGAACAAAACGUUGUAAAAGAAGAGAGAGUUGAGAAGCACAUUCACACGCAUGUCACUAUCGUCCGUACAAUCUACAUUCAAUACAUAAAGCUCACCACCCGCAAUUCAUUCAUUAAUUCACAUUAUCAAUCGAAUCAUUACGAGAAGAAAAUGGGGAGUUUGCGUGCGAUUUUGAGCAAUCCGGAUGAUUUGUACCCGUUGUUGAAGCUGAAAAUGGCGGUAAGGCAUGCGGACAAGCAAAUUCCUCCGGAGCCACAAUGGGGAUUUUGCUACACCAUGCUGCACAAGGUUUCCAGAAGUUUCGCACUUGUUAUUCAACAGCUUGAUACCGAUCUUCGUGAUGCAGUAUGCAUUUUCUACUUGGUUCUUCGAGCACUUGACACAGUUGAGGAUGAUACAAGCAUAGCCACAGAGGUUAAAGUACCCAUCUUGAUGGCUUUUCAUCAACACGUUUAUGAUCGCGAGUGGCAUUUUUCAUGUGGCACAAAGGACUACAAAGUUCUAAUGGACGAGUAUCAUCAUGUUUCGACUGCUUUUCUGGAGCUUGGAAGAAGUUAUCAGGAGGCUAUUGAGGAAAUUACCAUGAGGAUGGGUGCAGGAAUGGCAAAAUUUAUAUGCAAGGAGGUGGAAACAGUGGGUGACUAUGAUGAAUACUGUCACUAUGUAGCUGGACUUGUUGGAUUAGGGUUGUCGAAGCUAUUUCAUGCUUCUGGAAAGGAAGAUCUAGCUUCUGAUGCUCUCUCCAACUCAAUGGGUUUAUUUCUUCAGAAAACAAACAUUAUCAGAGACUAUUUGGAAGAUAUAAACGAGAUACCAAAGUCACGUAUGUUUUGGCCUCGCCAGAUUUGGAGCAAAUAUGUUAACAGACUUGAGGACUUAAAAGAUGAGGAGAACUCAGUCAAGGCUGUACAGUGCCUUAAUGACAUGGUCACAAAUGCUUUGACACAUGCUGAAGAUUGUCUAACGUACAUGGCUGCAUUGCGAGAUCCAGCUAUCUUUCGCUUUUGUGUGAUUCCACAGAUCAUGGCAAUUGGGACAUUAGCUCUGUGCUACAAUAAUAUUCAAGUCUUCAGAGGUGUCGUCAAAAUGAGACGUGGUCUUACUGCUAGAGUUAUUCAUGGAACCAAAACAAUGUCAGAUGUGUAUGGAGCUUUUUACGACUUCUCUCGAAUGCUGAAAUCCAAGGUUGACGACAAUGAUCCCAAUGCUAGAAAAACUAAGGACCAGCUAGAAGCAAUCUUAAAAACCUGCAGGGAAUCUGGAACCUUAAACGAAAGGUCCAAGCCUAAAUACAAUUCAACUUCAAUCAUUGUCAUCUUCAUCGUACUCACUGUUCUUCUUGCUUGCUUGUCUUCAACUCGUCCAAUAUAA